AUGUGGAGAGGAAUUCGUCUACAACUCUGCCUCUUACUAGCCUACCCCAUACUCUGGUUCAUCUUUUGUCCCAAAGAUCCCAAAUUCAUCAUCACAGAUGCCUCUCUAACCCAAUUCAAUUUCACCAACCACAACAAGACCCUCGACUACAACCUUGCACUCAACAUCACCAUCACCAACCCCAACAGAAAGGCUGCCAUAUUCUACGGUAAAAUACAAGUCGCGUCUACCUACAGAAACAAAGUAUUUUCUAUCGUGACUUUACCUUUUGAACCAUUUGGCCAAUGCGGCAAGAACAGAACCAUUUCGCAUCACAUACCUCUUAAAGGGAGCAAGUCUCUGGUGUUUGGAGAACGGGAGAUUUCCCAGUUUAACUCGGAGACUGUUGCUGGCGUUUACAGUAUUGACGUGAGGCUUUAUGUUGGGAUAAGAGUAUUCGGCGGGUACUUCAAGACAAGACAUUCCAACCCAUCGCACAAGAUCGACUGCAAGCUGAAAGUUCCUUUGCAGUCUAGUGAAACAUCUACAAAUCGCUUCACUUUCAAGACAACCAAGUGCAGAAAUGAUAUAUCAUUGCAGACCCUGAAGCAGCGGGCUGAAUCUGUCCAGUUUUUCCUUGGUGACUCGACUGUCCAAGUGUUGCUUGUUUGUAUCUAUAUUUUUGCAGCAGUGCGUGGUUAA